CCGCGGGUUUAAGCGCCGCCCGCGCCGGGAGGGCUGAACCCGGAGCCGCCGCUCCGAGCUCGCAUUCGGAUCCGCUAGAGCAGGAAGAUGGCGACUGACGGCGCGAGCUGCGAGCCCGACUUCUCCCGCGCCCCGGAGGAAGCGGCGGGGGCCCCGGCGGAGGCGGCGAAAAAAGAGUUCGAUGUGGACACGCUCAGUAAGCCAGAGCUUCGGAUGCUGCUCAGCGUGAUGGAAGGGGAGCUGGAGGCCAGAGACCUCGUCAUCGAGGCCCUUCGGGCUCGCAGGAAGGAGGUAUUUAUCCAGGAACGGUAUGGGAGAUUUAAUUUGAAUGACCCAUUCCUGGCACUGCAGAGAGACUAUGAAGCAGGUGCUGGUGAUAAAGAGAAGAAGCCAGUUUGUACCAACCCUCUCUCCAUCCUUGAAGCAGUGAUGGCCCACUGCAGAAAAAUGCAAGAAAGGAUGUCCACGCAGCUGGCUGCUGCUGAGAGCAGACAAAAGAAGCUGGAGAUGGAAAAGCUUCAGCUCCAAGCCCUUGAACAAGAGCACAAGAAGCUGGCCGCCCGCCUGGAGGAGGAGCGAGGCAAAAACAAGCAUGUGGUCCUGAUGCUGGUCAAGGAGUGCAAGCAGCUCUCAGGCAGAGUCAUAGAGGAGGCCCAGAAGCUGGAAGAGGUGAUGGCCAAACUGGAAGAGGAGAAGAAAAAGAUGAGUGUGUUAGAAGAGGAACUCUCUGCCGAGAAACAAAGAAGCACAGAAAUGGAAGCUCAGAUGGAAAAACAGCUCUCAGAGUUCGACACGGAGCGGGAACAGCUUCGUGCCAAGCUGCACCGAGAGGAAGCACACACCACUGACCUCAAAGAGGAGAUAGACAAGAUGAAGAAGAUGAUUGAGCAACUAAAAAGGGGAAAUGACAGCAAACCCAGCCUCUCUCUUCCCCGGAAGACCAAAGAUAGACGUCUGGUCUCCAUAUCUGUGGGAACAGAAGGACCGAUGACAAGAUCUGUUGCUUGCCAGACAGACCUAGUGACAGAAAAUACUGACCCCUUGAAGAAGCUGCCUUUGACGGUGCCUGUAAAGCCUGCCGCGGGGAGCCCCUUAGUUUCCGCAAAUGCUAAAGGGAAUGUGUCCGCAGGUGCCGCCCUGGUCAGACCAGGUAUCGACAGGCAGGCUUCCCAUGGUGACUUGAUUGGCUCUUCUCUGCCUGUGGCCCCACCUCCAAGUACAACCAGAAUUGAGGAAAAUGGACCGAGCACUGGCUCAACGUCAGAUUUAGCAAGUAACCCAUCCCCACUCCCCAGUAACGCCGCCCCACCCACUGUGCACACGCCAGGCCCAGCUCCCCAGGGUUGCUCACCAGCCCAGCCUCCACACAGUUUACAUUCCCCGUGUGCUGGUGCGCCUCUGCAUCCAGGUCUGAACCCACGCAUCCAGGCGGCGCGAUUUAGAUUUCAGGGUAAUGCCAAUGACCCAGACCAGAAUGGGAACACAACCCAAAGCCCUCCGUCCAGAGAUGUCUCUCCUACAAGUCGUGACAACGUAGUGGCCAAACAGCUAGCUCGGAAUACCGUGACCCAAGCACUGUCAAGAUUUACAAGCCCUCCAGCGGGAGCUCCCCCAAGGCCUGGAGCACCCCCCACGGGGGACGCUGGCACCUACCCCCUGGUUGGUCGGACCAGUUUAAAGACUUCUGGUGUAGGACGAGUUGACAGAGGAAACCCGCCUCCCAUCCCUCCAAAAAAGCCAGGGCUCUCCCAAACUCCUUCUCCACCACACCCCCAGCUCAAGGUUAUCAUGGAUAGCAGCAGGGCCCCCAGUGCAGGGGCCAAGGGUGAUAACAAAACUGUGGCUUCGCCUCCUUCCACUUUGCCACAAGGGAUCAGGGUAAUAAAUGAGGAGAACCUCCCUAAAUCUUCCUCCCCUCAGCUGCCACCAAAACCAUCCAUAGAUUUAACUGUGGCACCUGCAGGCUGUGCCGUUUCAGCCCUGGCCACGUCUCAGGUGGGUGCCUGGCCUGCUGAAACCCCUGGACUGAACCAACCUGCAUGUUCAGAAAGUUCCCUUGUCAUUCCCACCACCAUUGCCUUUUGCUCUUCCAUAAACCCAAUUAGUGCCUCAUCCUGUAGAGCAGGUGCCUCAGACAGCCUCCUGGUAACAGCAUCAGGCUGGUCACCCUCCCUAACCCCUUUGCUAAUGAGUGGUGGUCCUGCCCCCCUGGCUGGCAGGCCCACCCUUCUUCAGCAAGCUGCUGCCCAGGGAAAUGUCACUUUAUUAUCAAUGCUGCUUAAUGAAGAAGGACUGGACAUUAAUUACUCCUGUGAAGAUGGCCAUUCUGCCUUGUAUUCUGCUGCUAAGAAUGGACAUACAGACUGUGUGAGAUUGCUGCUGAAUGCAGAAGCCCAAGUCAAUGCUGCUGAUAAAAAUGGCUUCACACCCUUGUGUGCUGCAGCUGCUCAGGGACAUUUCAAGUGUGUAGAAUUAUUAAUUGCAUAUGAUGCUAAUAUUAAUCACGCUGCUGAUGGAGGACAGACACCUCUGUACCUGGCCUGUAAAAAUGGAAAUAAAGAAUGUAUUAAACUCUUGCUGGAAGCUAAGACUGACCGAAGUGUAAAAACCAGAGAUGGCUGGACACCAGUUCAUGCAGCUGUGGACACUGGUAAUGUGGACAGCCUCAAGCUUCUUAUGUACCAUAGGACACCAGCUUGUAGAAACUCGUUGCAUGAGGAACCUGAGUCGGGCGUCUUUGAUUUGAAUCAGGGAGAAGAGAAUCCUGAAGGCUCAUCCAAGCCCGUUGUUCCUGCAGACCUUAUUAACCAUGCCGACAGCGAAGGCUGGACUGCUGCCCAUAUUGCUGCUUCAAAAGGUUUUAAGAACUGCCUAGAAGUCUUGUGUGGUCAUGGAGGGCUUGAGCCGGAAAGAAGAGAUAAAUACAACCGGACUGUGCACGACGUCGCCACUGAUGACUGCAAGCAUCUCCUGGAGAACCUGAAUGCUCUUAAAAUACCCUUAAGGAUUUCAGUGGGUGAGAUUCAACCAAGCAACUAUGGUUCUGAUGACUUUGAAUGUGAAAACACAAUAUGCGCUUUAAAUAUUCGCAAACAGACAACAUGGGAUGAUUUUUCAAAAGCAGUGAGUCAAGCUCUGACAAAUCAUUUCCAAGCAAUAUCUUCUGAUGGAUGGUGGAGUCUGGAAGACGUGACGUUUCAUAGCACCACUGACUCCAGCAUUGGCCUCGGUGCAAGCAGUGUGCAAUCCAUCACGUUAGGAAAUGUGCCGUGGUCAGCAGGUCAGAGCUUCACCCAGUCCCCAUGGGACUUUCUGAGAACAAAUAAAGCAGAGCAGAUCACCGUGCUUUUGUCAGGUCCUCAAGAAGGCUGCCUCAGUAGUGUGACCUAUGCAUCCAUGAUCCCUCUUCAGAUGCUGCAGAACUACCUCAGGCUGGUCGAGCAAUAUCAUAAUGUCAUUUUCCACGGCCCAGAAGGAAGCUUGCAAGACUACAUAGCACAUCAGCUUGCACUCUGCAUGAAGCACAGACAAAUGGCUGCAGGAUUCUCCUGUGAGAUAGUGAGAGCCAAAGUGGAUGCCGGUUUCUCCAAGGAACAGCUAGUAGAUCUGUUCAUCAGUAGCGCAUGUCUGAUCCCAGUGAAACAAUCUCCUGCUAACAAGAAAAUCAUCAUCAUCUUAGAGAAUCUGGAAAAAUCUUCAUUGUCUGAGUUACUGGGGGACUUUUUGGGACCUCUGGAAAAUCGCAGCACCGAAAACCCCUGUACUUUCCAAAAAGGAAAUGGAACAUCCGAAUGUUACUACUUUCAUGAGAACUGCUUUCUGUUGGGAACCAUUGCCAAGGCGUGUCUCCAGGGCUCCGACUUGCUGGUCCAGCAGCACUUCCGCUGGGUGCAGCUGCGGUGGGAUGGGGAGCCCAUGCAGGGGCUGCUGCAGAGGUGCCUGAGGAGGAAGGUCGUGACUAAGUUCAGAGGUCAGGUGCCCUCUCCCUGCGAUCCCGUGUGCAAGACGGUUGACUGGGCCCUGGCUGUCUGGCGCCAGCUCAACUCGUGCCUGGCCCACUUGGGCACACCGGAAGCACUUCUUGGACCAAAGUAUUUCCUGUCUUGUCCUGUAAUCCCAGGGCAUGCCCAGGAGACAGUGAGGUGGAUGUCUAAGCUGUGGAAUGCUGUGAUUGCACCCAGAGUUCAAGCAGCAAUCUUGUCAAGAGCCUCCCUGAAAAGACAACCUGGCCUUGGGCAAACAACUAGAAACCCUAGCCAAGGGCAGCAGGCUGUGGUUAGAGCUGCUCUCAGCAUCUUGCUUAAUAAAGCUGUUCUACAUGGCUGUCCCCUCCAGAGAGCAGAGCUAGACCAACAUACAGCUGAUUUCAAAGGGGGCAGUUUCCCUUUAUCCAUAGUUUCAAGUUACAGCAGUUGUAGCAAGAAGAAAGACAGUGGCGCGUGGAGAAAGGUGAGCACCAGUCCUCGCAAGAAGUCUGGUCGGUUCCCUUCACCCACCUGGAACAAGCCAGACCUGAUUGAGGAAGGUAUCAAAAAUAAGACUAUAUUACAGCUAAAUCGUAACAGGAAUGCUUCUCUGUCAAAACAAAUGUCUUUAGAGAGUGAGCUAUCAUUGACAUUGAAUUUGGAACAAAGACUCUCUCUGGGUUCGGAUGAUGAAGCAGACCUUGUCAAGGAACUUCAGAGCAUGUGCUCCAGCAAAUCAGAGUCUGACAUAAGCAAGAUUGCUGAUUCCAGGGAUGAUUUAAGGAGGUUUGAUAGUUCGGGAAAUAAUCCUGCAUUUUCAGCAACUGUUAAUAAUCCAGGAAUGCCAGUGUCACAAGAGGAGGUCAGUCCUCUCAGCAGCCAUCCAAUGUCUGAAUGCAGCAACAGUAAAUCAAAGACUGAGUUGGGUGUUUCAAGAGUUAAAUCUUUUCUUCCUGUUCCUAGAAGUAAAGUCACCCAGUGUUCCCAGAACACCAAAAGAAGCAGCAGCAGCAGUAAUACAAGGCAAAUAGAAAUCAACAACAACUCAAAAGAAGAGAUUUGGAACUUACGCAAAAACGAACAAAUAGAAAAACCUAACAAAUAGGCCUGCCUACAAUAUUCUCAAUCUUAACUUCUGUACAUUUCACACAGAAACCAAGGACAACAAGAUGUAAAAUACCUUUAAACAAAUCAAAUGUUUUCACUGUAAUAUAAAGUAUGAGUGCGGGACCACUAUUCAAGUUUUUUGUAAAGAAUGUAUUUAUAACCUUUUUUUUUUUCAAUUCCAUAGGAUUGAAUUGCAAUACCAAGAAGUUAUACCCACUUUUAAAGUAGUUUUAUAAUAGAAAAAUUCUAAUAGUUUUACUCAAGAUGUUCAGGGGUAUUAAAACAACUGUGUACUGUAUAUCUAUAUAUAUGUAUAUAUGUAUAUUUUAAAAAGCCUAUGAAUCAUUGCAUACUACAUGCUAAAAAUAUGUAACAGCUUAGAUAACAUGUAUCAUUUUAAAUGGAAAUCAUAAUUUUAAGUUCACUGGAUGAGGAAUGACUAGAAUGGGGCAAUAACAAAUCAUUUCUAAACAAUUACUUUUCUUAAAAGCCAUAUUAAGUAUUUUGCCUGUUAAAUUCUAGUUUUGUUUUAAAUCUUUUACUGGUUGCAUCAUGUAUAUUUAUCCUUAUGAAUUUGCAUUAUGACUCCUGUAAAAUAUGAAAGUAUAUAAUGCAAUAAAAGUGUUAUCUUUCUUACAAAAGUUUUGUACCUAAGUGGACAUUUAAAAAAAACUGUAAAUGCUUCAAUAAAUUAACAGUUAACCCCCUCUUCAAUUCUAGUGGCACAAUUGAUAAUAUUUUCUAGAACAGUUUCUUUUAAAAUGACUAAUGAAAUGACUUACAACUCAGUUAAUAUGCCUUGACAGCAAAUAAAAUAUUGAAUUAGUGAAA